AUGGCAGAGUCAAGUAAGGAUAUUUCGGCUUUGGAUUUAACAGAUUCGCAAAGAUAUUGGGUUCAUUAUUCCAGACAGCAGUGUCUUAAUCUCCCUCCAGGAUCAAUUACUGCCUUUGAAUGGAAAGACUAUUGUCCUAGAGUUUUCAGGCUUAUACAAGAGCUCGAAAAUAUCAACAAUGAGUGUUACAUGAUAUCGAUUUGCAGCGACGAAACUUUAAGGAAAGUCACUUCAAGUUCGAAACCUGGCAACUUCUUCAUUUUGUCCACGGACAACCGAUUUGUAGUAAAAACACUACGCAAAUCUGAAGUCAGGGUCCUCCUAGAAAUGCUCCCAGCCUAUUAUAAUCAUAUCAGAAAGUUUCGCAGCACGGUCUUGAGCAAGCUUUAUGGAGUUCAUGUCGUGAAGCCGGACGGAGGUGCUAAGGUUUACUUUUUGGUUGGGUCAAACAUAUUCAAAUCCGACUUGUUGAUGCACCGGUGUUAUGACCUCAAAGGUUCCCUACAAGGUCGAAGAGUCGAAAAAGUGAGAUUCCGUGAGAAAGUUCUUCAUAAAGAAUCGGAUCUUGAUUUUCACUUUUGCCUUGAACCACUGAUUCGACAUAGGCUUAUGAAGCAAAUCAAGCAUGAUUGUGCUUUUCUCGAGGCUGCGGGCGUCAUGGAUUACAGUAUGUUACUUGGCUUCCAUGUAAAAGGUUCACCUAAAGAUCUCUCGGAAGCUGGACGUUCACUUUCUACAGACUCUGAACGUGGAGGUUCUGUUGACACUAAUCCCAGCGAUGGAAGGAGAUUGUCCUGUGACUCGUUGUAUCAUAGUGAUUUAUCCUCACAGAGAUAUUCCACAGCUUCAAUUCGAGAUUCAAUUGAUUUCGAGUCAGAAUUGAGUUUUGGUGAUCAGUGGCUACCAGGUAACAGUCAAACUACUAGGUUCGGUGAAGAAUUGUCUGCGCGUGGUGUUCACAUACCAAAGAAUGGAAUCGGAACUCUAACAUCACAUGAAAAUCUCAAGUCUGGGGAGUGCUAUGAAGUUCUUUUGUAUUUUGGAAUAGUGGAUUUUUUCCAAAACUACAGUGUGAUCAAACGACUCGAGCAUGCGUACAAGUCAUUGCAUUUUGAUCGAAAGAUGAUUACAGCCGUAAACCCCAAAGCAUAUUCUUCUAGAUUCCAGGAUUUCAUCGGUGACAUAUUUAAAGCUGACGAAUCACUCAAUCUUCCCACUGAUCUCACUAGCGGAUGCAGAGAAAAGAUGCUGCAAAUGCAAUGAAGGGAGUAGGUUUUGGGCAUGUGAAGGACUCCAGAAAUCAUGGAAAGAUGUAACAUUGUACAUUAAUCUUCUGUAAGAAUCCCUUAAUUACUUGAAAUUAGAAAGGGAAAAGAAAAUUCCAAAUUGGAUCCUAGAAUUUUGUUGCUAAUGAUAAAAUUCCAAAUGUGCAACGUAUACCAUUCUGAACAUCCCUGUAAUAUUUCUGGUGUAAAAUUAAU